CGCCCUCCGUCCCCGGCUUCCAGACAUGACGGACUGAGGGUAUAAAACGGGCCUGGGCAGUCUCCAGAAGCCACCGCCCUGAGGACCCCAGCCCCUACUGCCUCUGCGCUCUCAGCUUCUGCUGGCAUCUCGAGACAUGAGCCUCGGAGGGGGCUCCCGCGCCUCCCGCCCCUGGCCCCGCCGGGGGCUGCUGCUCCUGGGGCUGUUGCUUCUGCCGGUCGUAGUCUCCGUCGCCAGCGCAGAUCCUGAAGCAGGAGAGGGAGACCUGCACUGCCUGUGUGUGAAGACCACCACCCGAGUCCAUCCUAAGCAAGUCCGCAGCCUGGAGGUGAUCAAGGCUGGACUCCACUGUCCUACCCCUCAAGUGAUAGCUACGAUAAGGGAUGGGAGCAAGAUUUGCGUGGACCCGCAGGCCCCCCUGUAUAAGAAAAUAAUCAAGAAACUUUUGGAGAGUCAGCCACCAGCUGCCUAAGUCUAUACAUUUGCUAUCUAACGUAUUUUGGUUUUUUCAUUUUCAAUCUGUCGAAUCUGAUGUUUUUAUUGUCCUUCAAAUUCUAAAUAAAUAAAAUAAAUCAAGUU